AUGAAGAAAAGGAAGGGAGAGUUUGUGGAUGUGGGGGAGAAGAAGCAAAGAAUAAGGGAGUCCUCCUCACAGUUAAUGACAAUAAAUCUGAUGAAUCACCAGAAGCAAGCGGUAGCCUGGAUGCUAGAGCGCGAGUUUAGCACCACAAAAGGUGGUAUCCUUGCAGACGAUCAGGGCUUGGGCAAAACCCUCUCAGCCAUAGCUCUCAUCGUCAAGGCGGGACCAAGGUCAAGGGGUACGGGUACCAACGUUAAGGGUGGUACGCUCAUCGUUUGCCCGGUAAGUGUGAUCCGGCAGUGGGAGCACGAGAUCAGAACCAAGGUGGCGGCCAGUGCACCACUCUCCACACUAGUCUACCACGACCAAGGCAAACGCAAGGUGACGCUAGAGAAGCUGGCAUCGUACGACGUGGUGAUCACCACGUACGGAGUUGUGGCCAAGGAGCGGUGCUUGAACGUCGAAGUAUUUGACACCGGUCGUGUAGCUUGGAGGGAGCGCUCCGGUCCACUAGCCAAUGUGAAGUGGCAUAGGGUGGUGUUGGACGAGGCACAAUCCAUCCGGAAUGCCUACACUGAUGUCUCAAUGUCUUGCAUGCGUCUCUCUGCAACCUACAGAUGGGGUCUUUCAGGAACGCCAUUCCAAAACAACAUCAAGGAUCUAUAUGCCUUCUUUUGCUUUCUUCGAGUCAAGCCCUACUGUAGCGAUUGGAGAGCUUUUGACCAGCAGUAUGAGGAGUAUGAGAAGACAGGCUACUCGGCAGAACUCAAGGUGGCGCUUGAGAGCAUUGUGCUGCGGCGGAGCAAGAAAUCGAUCAUUAAUGGUGAGCCAGUGCUCCGGCUGCCGCCCAGGCUGGUCAACCGGGUGGAGGUGGAGCUCUCGCAGCAGGAGAGGGAACUCUAUGAAAACCUUCGAAAGGAGUACCAGGAUAGGAUCAGUGAGUACAGGAGCAAAGGGACGUUACACAUGAACAGGUUUAUCAUUUUGAGCAUGCUGUUGCGGCUGAGGCAAAUGUGUGACCAUCCGGCUCUGCUCGACAGUGAACAUCUCUUUCGAGUCGACGAAGAAGAUGAUCUGAUCACGGAGGAUGGAAGUGGCCUGAAGGAGAUGAGAGAGGCCGUCAGGAAGCUCCAGCUGGAGGCCCGGGAGAAGCAAGAGGAUUUUGAUCGCAGCGUGCAAGAGAUUGGCCAGUCUGCAAAGCUGAAAGCCGCAUUAAGAGUGCUCGACAUGACCCCUCGGGGAGAGAAAUCCCUCAUCUUCUCGCAGUGGACAUCAAUGCUCAACCUGAUCGAGCCGGAGCUGGAAGGAGCCGGGAUCCAGUUCUCCAGGAUCGACGGGAGCAUGAGUGCGGGAAAACGAGUUGCGGCAAUCAAAAGAUUUAGUGAGGAUCCAGAUGUGGUGGUGAUGUUGAUAUCUCUCAGGGCUGGUGGGUGUGGGCUCAACCUGGUGGCCGCGUCUCGUGUGCUUUUAAUGGAUAUGUGGUGGAACCCCACGACUGAAGACCAGGCAAUUGACCGGACGCACCGCAUUGGUCAAACUCGGCCAGUCCACGUGACCAGGUUUGUGGUCAAACAGACUGUCGAGGAACAUGUGUUGGAGAUCCAGGAGAAGAAAAAGAAACUGGUAGAAUUUGUGUUUGGGGAGAAAAGCUCUGAAGAGCAGAGUUUUAGCAUUGAUGAACUUGCUUCAAUGUUUGAGCUCCAAAACUUGGCUUGA